AUGCCGGAAAUCGACAUACAAGACGCCCCCUCCGAGUUCGAAUCAAGAUCACCUACAGACUCUGCGCCUUCAGCGAGUUACUAUCAUACACCAAAUCUACCACACUCAUCUUCUGCCGGGGUUGCGAAGAAAAGAAAGAACUCGAAGGUCAAAAUGAGCCCUAUACUCAAACGCGCAUCGUCAACUCCCCAAUUGAAUGGGCUCUCCGUUCAAGAGUCGGGAGGUUUAUCGCCCAGCGCUCUUGACAAGAGAAGGAACAAACUGGGUUACCAGCGCAUAUCGAUUGCUUGCUCGGAAGCCGACGACAUGGGCAGGUGCAACAACUGCAUCCGUCUGAAGAAAGAGUGCGUUUUCUACCCUGUCGAUUCGGCCGGUGGUCCAGAGAGUCGCGCGCAAACAAAAGGGUCCAAGGACUCUUCCGUCAUCUCCAACUCGCCAUCAGAGAUGCAUCCUACAGGCCCAAAGCUCGAGCACGAUCAUGAGAUGAGUCGUUUCCCUCAUCUUGCAUCAAACGCGCCUCCAGAAUACGGCUCAGUCGAUCCUAGUACUGGACUGGGCAUUUCCACAGGCAGUAAGACAACCCGUGGCAAGUUUACAGGCUCUGUACUGACCAAUUCUCCAGCACCAGUCGCAUCCGAGUUCGCAUUUGCUCGUCCAGGGUAUCCCGCCAUCUUUGCAGGUGACAUGUCAGGGACUGAGCCCCCAACCCCUGUGCACUGGAAUUCUUCGCAGAUGGGCGACUACUCAAACUACUCGACCACGGCCGAACACAGCCCUAACGUAUAUCCGUCAUUCGCGUUCCCACAGCAAAGAGAUGAAUAUGCUCUUCAGCAGCCUCCGAUGCGUUCCAUGUCGUACGGCCACAUCGAACCUCAGUUACAAAGCUUUGCGCCAGCGGCCACCCCAAUCGAAUACACCAGACCAGGCUCUUCGCAUUACAACCUUACACCACUCGACACUGGAGCACCACCGGUUGGCACCAUUUCGGAAGCUUCCUUAUCGACACCUGUAACUAGCGAGUCCACCAUGCCUCCAAUCGGCAUGUAUCCUCCUCAGUGGGGUUUCUACCAACAACACCAGCCCCCCAUGGGCUUGGACUAUUCAUCUAGACACGAUUCUCUGCCCACACAAUGGUACCACCCUCAACAGCUAGGGCCGGCUUUGACAGAGCACGAUCUACACCAUCAGCAUCAACAUCCCAUGUCUCAGGCCCCGGGAGGCGCAUAUGCCAAAAGACCUUAG